AUGAGCCCCCCGCUCUCCCCGCAGCCCGCUGCGGCGCCAGCCGACGGCUUCGCCUCCUCAGACGAUGAGGCCGCCGAAGAGGACCCGAGCCCGCUCCACAUCUCCUGGUUGUCUUUGUCUCCUCUCUACUCUUCAGAGUUCCUGGGAUUAUGUUCCCUUCCAGGUUGCAGGUUUAAGGAUAUCAGAAGAAAUCUUCAGAAAGAUAUAGGAGAACUGAAGAGCUGUGGGAUCCAGGAUGUCUUUGUGCUUUGUACCAGAGGAGAGCUCUCAAAAUACCGAGUACCAAACCUGAUGGACACCUACCAACAGCACGGGAUUUGUGUGCACCACCACCCCAUUCCUGAUGGGAAUGCUCCUGACAUUGCCACCUGCUGCAAGAUCCUGGAAGAGCUCAGAACCUGCCUGGAAAAUAAGCAGAAAACAAUGAUACACUGUUAUGGUGGCCUUGGACGCUCGUGUCUUGUGGCUGCAUGUCUCCUGCUCCAGCUUUCGGACACCCUGGCACCUCAGCAGGUGAUAGAGAGCCUCAGGAACCUGAGAGGAUCAGGGGCCAUCCAGACUAUCAAGCAGUACAAUUUCCUCCAUGACUUCCGGGAGAACCUGGCUGCACACCUGGCAACAAAGGACCCGGUGCUGAGAUCGGCAUCGCGGUAGCUGAUCCCGGGCAUCUGUGCCUGGGAAAACUCCUGGACAAGACACCUCUCUCCUGACCUUUCCUCCUUGCUACUGCCUGUGUGACAGAGCUGCUGCCUUCCAAAUCCCUGUGUAAAGUAUUGGGAUGGGGAAGGAAAUCCUAGAGAACAUGUGGCAUCUUCCCCUCUUUA